GUCUAGUGAGUCAAUGCCUAGGAAUGUGUUACCGCCUAAAGGCUCACUAGUUAGGUUGAAGAAGACUCCUCCUACUCCCAAAGUUAAAAUUGACUUAGAAACUUCCAGAGAGAAGAGAGUGAGUCUUCCAUCCAUUCCUCGUGCUAACCCAAGAGACUGGACAAGAGAACAAGUAUGA